AUGUCAAUAGGCCGGUGUCUUCUUGAUAAAUUUCCAGUUGAAAUAUUUCAUACGAUAUUUGAUUAUCUUUCAACUAUUGAUAUAUAUCAUGGAUUUCUUAAAAUAAAUUCUUAUAUUGAUUCGAUAGUUUCAAAUUACAAAUUUUAUCAUGUUAAUUUUCGAUCGAUUCUUAAAAUAGAAUUUGAUUUAAUUUGUCGUUAUAUGAAUCCGCAUGGUAUUGUUUCAUUAAUAUUAUCUGAUGAUAUUGAUACUCCUGGUCAAUCAAAUUUAUUUUUAUCAUUAUUUAAAUUAGAUGAAUUUCAUAAUAAUUUACGUUAUUUAUCACUUAUAAAUCUAAAUCAAGAAUCAAUUCAAUCAAUAAAUAAUCAUUUCGAUAUGUUUAUUAAUUUAUCAUCAUUAACAAUAAUAAAUAUAGUAAGUGAAAUUCCAUCAAAAUUGUUUUAUAUUUUUCCUAAAUUAAAUCGAUUAAAUAUUCCACAUGAUUGGUUAUUUAAUAAUAAAAUUUCAUUGAUAAAACUUCAAUAUUUAAUAAUAUCAAAUCGAUGUAAUUUUAAUGAAUUCGAAUCAAUAAUUAAUCGUUGUCCAAAACUUGUAUCACUUAAUAUUUGCCUUGAACGAGAUAUAAAAAUAAAUAUGAAUGGAUUAAUAUCAAAUGUUUCUCGAUUAAUACUUGACAUGUCUCUUUGUCAAAUGAGUAUGAUUGAAUUAAAAGAAAUCUUAAAUUGUUUUCCUUGUCUGAUUCAUUUUGAAAUCGAAUGUCGAAGUGAUAUUGAUUUAUGUGAUGGAUAUCAAUGGGAAAUAUUUAUUUUAAAUAAAUUAUCUCAUUUAAAGAGAUUUUAUUUUAAAUUUCAAUUAAAAUCUACAAUUAUUUUAAAUAUAAAUGGAAUAGAACAAAUUUUAAAAUCGUUUUCAACUUAUUUUUGGUUAACAGAAAAACGAUGGUUUAUUGCUAUUGAAUGGGGACAAAGAUUAAUUUAUUCUGUUCCAAGAUUUUCAUGUCAAUCAGCUGAUAGAAAUUUUCGUCCACCAAUACAUACAACAAUAUAUGAUGAGAAGAUUUUUUAUGAUAAUAUAAAUGCACUUGCACUUUGGGGAGAAACACAUCAUAAAUUUUUAUAUGUUAAAGAACUUUGGCUUGUUGAUGAUCCAUUAAUGAUUAAUUUUGAACAAAUAAUUAAUAUAAAUAGAAUUGAAACUUUAAUAUUUGUGUCAUCAAAUAAUCAUUUAUCAAUUGAUACACUUGUUUAUCUUAUAUCAAAAAUGAAAAAUCUUUGUUCAAUACAAUUUUUUGAUAUUCCAUUAUCAUUUGUUAAAUAUAAAAAACAGUCUGUUAUUAUUCGACAAAUUCAUUCAAUUGAAUUAAUUAAAGAAUUAAAAUCAUUUUCAUCUAUUGAAAUAUUAAAUAAAAUUUUUCCACAAAUUCGACGUUUACAUAUGAAAAUAAAAUCAACUGAAGAUAUUCAAAAAAUAUAUAAUUUAUUUUCAAAAAAUUUAUCAAAUAUUAUUUUUUAUUGUAAUACAUCAAAUGUAUCUUUAACAAGACAAUACUUUGAAAAAAUAAUAGGCCAUAGCAAUUUUACAUUUUAUAUUGAUUUAACUUCAAUAACACUUUGGAUUGGCAUAGAAGAUAAUCAGUCAAAGAAAACUUUCAAUGAUAUCAAUAAUCAUAAACAUAAUUUAUUAGAAUUAUAUUACUUUAUAUGUAUUUUUAAACAAAUAUUAUAA